AUGGCACCGCUGCUGCUUACGCUGCCCAAGGAGCUCUGGCAGAAUGUGGCCAUCGAGGUCGUUACCGCUGUAUUGCGCACCGAAGACGAAGCCAAUCAUCACUUGCCCUUUCCAGCAAGCCUUCUCCCCCCGCUCCAGAACCCCGGAACGUCUGGUUACGCGGGGUCUAUUGGUCGGGAUCCUAUUCCCCCUCUGCUGGCACGCUGGGACCCUAGCUUACCGGCUCUGGCUUGCACCAGCCGAGACGGAAGGCUCAGCCGGCAGACCCAACACUGCUCACUGCGACACCCGCCACACAUUCGAUCAUCCAUUCUUGCGCUGUUGGCUAUCUGCCGCGUACUCCGCGGCCAUCUCAUUGGCCUUCAGCCCUUCUGGGCUAAAAUCGCGCUAUUGUUUCCCCCAUUCCUGCCAGACUCCCUGAACUGGGCUGGGAGUGGUUUGGAACACCCCUUCCGACUGGAAACAUCAUACGGAUUGUGCUCCUGCGUACUCCCGAUGCUCCUAACACGCGUCACGCGCGCUACACAUAUACGCAUCGCCUUACCCCGCGCACCAUUCGGCGAACAAUAUCCUUGCGAUCAGAUUUUUGAUUUGCUGCGCAACUCUUCUAGCCGACGCUUACGGCAUUUAGAGCUGCGCCAUGAUUCGCCGCAUGCCACUCCCAGUACUUCACCACAUACACCGCAGAGUCUCGAGCUUCCGUUUCUACAGUCAUAUAUCGGGGUGAACAUUUUGCGCAUAGCCCACGGAGAGAGCUUACGGAGACUGAACAUCGCGUCCGAAUGUGACGAUGUCGCCUUGCCAGUCGAUUUUUUCCUGGGAGCACUAGGCCAAUGUCCACGCCUAGAGGAGCUGAGCGUCCAAACGGCACUACGUGAUGCUGUUGAAGACGUCGAUGCACAGUCACCCUUGAUUUCUCUCCUCUAUCUGAGGUACUUCCUGCUAUGCGAUUAUCUUGAACGCUGGCGUCUUAUUCGGUCAAGAAUAGACAUCCCUGAUGAUGCCUCUAUUCACGCGGACAUUGUGCUGGACCACCUGUCUCAACGUCUUGGCCGCUUUAAGGACUUUGCUGCAGCAGCAGCUCGGUACUGUCUGCCCGCCCAAAUGUCAUGCAGAGUGGUGCUGGUUGAAUAUCAUCAAGUCAGAAAGGAACGCUCUGGCUAUGAUCACGUUGUACCUCAGUUCGUGAGCUUUGUCUUCGCAGACACAGAAGACGCCGUGUGGGCAGAAAGGGAUCCUUCCCGGUGGACCGCGCGGGACAGCCUUACACUGCGCUUUCAAGGAGAAGCACUUGGGAGGAGGUACCCUGCGGAGGAAUGGGAAAAUGCUGGUCGCGCCCGGGAUCCUCCGCAGACGAAUGCGCUCUUCCACGAGCUGCUGUCUGGGAUCGAGUACGCCUUGCAGCUUCGUGACCAGCCACAUCUAAAUUUCGAGGUCACCAAAACGUUCAUCGAGAAAGCUGGAGGUCGAGCGAGACAUAUUUCCAGCUGCAGAGAAAUCGCGGAAACGUUCCCAAAUCUUCGCUCAUUAGUCAUUUACGGAGUCACCGGCGACUCUUUCCACAUCGUCUCCGACCUGAUCUCGGAGUUGGCUUUCGCGCGCAGUCCCUGGUACAAUCUAAAGCAAGUCCGACUACCCGACUGGGAGUGGGGUGCAAGCCUAUGGGAAGCAUGGAACGCCCGCAUCCGGAGGAAUGUUACGAGGGAGGGAAAAGAGGAUAUCGAAUGGUUGGCAUCUUAG